AUGAAACCAUUUGAAAGUCGAGAAACUUUUAAAUCCAAAAUGUGCUUGCUUUAUUUAUUUAUUGGAAGAUGCCAGCAAAAACAAACGAAACUCAUCAGCAAAAAUGUUUCGGUUCCCAAUUUGAAAGUUUUUGAAGCAAAAGCAGCAGAAAAAAAACCAACUUCGAAAACAGCAGCAGAGAGGGAAAAUUGA